AUGGCACAGGGACAGGAAGGUGUAUCUUUGUUGUCCUUGAUUGUUCUUGGAAUCUUAUUGAGGAUGUGUCUACUGCCCAUUGGAAGUGGAAUAUCUACUAAACAUGCACCUGAACUGCUGGAUGAAAGUAGGAAUAAUAUCACUGUGUUUACCCGGAUUUUGGAUAGAUUGCUUGAUGGUUAUGACAACCGGCUCAGGCCAGGACUUGGAGGUAAGAAUGUUUCUAUUGUCACAGAUUCAGUGACAGAAGUGAAGACUGACAUUUACGUCACAAGCUUUGGUCCUGUGUCUGAUACUGAUAUGGAAUACACAAUAGAUGUGUUCUUUAGGCAGAGCUGGCUAGAUGAGAGGUUAAAGUUUCAUGGUCCUAUGAAGACUCUGGCCCUCAAUAACCUUUUGGCCAGCAAGAUCUGGACACCAGACACCUUUUUCCACAAUGGAAAAAAAUCUGUGGCUCACAACAUGACGACUCCAAACAAACUGCUUAGACUCGAAGAUAAUGGAACCCUUCUAUACACCAUGAGGCUCACUAUUCACGCCGAGUGUCCAAUGCACCUGGAGGAUUUCCCCAUGGACGUGCAUGCCUGUCCUUUGAAGUUUGGAAGUUAUGCCUACACUAAGGCUGAAGUUAUUUAUACCUGGACCAAUGGUUCUGCUGAGUCUGUAUCUGUUGCUACUGAUGGUUCUCGACUCAAUCAAUAUGACUUGUUGGGUCUGGCUGUCGGAUCUGAAACAAUACGAUCCAGCACAGGUGAAUACAUUGUUAUGACAACCCACUUCCACCUGAAGCGUAAAAUUGGAUAUUUUGUAAUUCAGACUUACCUUCCAUGUAUAAUGACUGUCAUCCUAUCACAAGUUUCCUUCUGGCUAAAUAGGGAGUCGGUUCCAGCCCGAACUGUUUUUGGAGUUACCACAGUCCUCACAAUGACAACCCUGAGUAUCAGUGCUCGGAACUCCCUUCCCAAAGUGGCCUAUGCUACAGCAAUGGACUGGUUCAUGGCUGUUUGUUAUGCAUUCGUCUUUUCUGCUCUGAUUGAAUUUGCCACAGUAAAUUACUUUACCAAGAGGGGCUGGGCCUGGGACGGGAAAAGGGCAUCAGACAGUCAAGAUCUCAAGAAGAAAGAGCCUAUAAUUCUGGCCAAGAAAUCAAACAACACGUACAACAUUGUAGGUACCACAUAUACACUGAAUAUCAAAGAACCUGCCCUUUCGACCAUUGCUAAGAGUGCAGCCAUUCCACCACCACCGCCUCCUCUCUCACCGCCUAGGCUCGAACCCAAGCCACCUGAGGGCAAGAAGACCUACAAUAGUGUCAGUCGGAUUGACAAGAUGUCUCGCAUUGUCUUUCCUGUCCUUUUUGCCAUUUUCAACCUUGUCUACUGGGCCACGUACGUCAACCGCGAAUCAACCAUCAAGGGCAUGAUACCUAAGUAAUUACAGCCCACUUCAUGACAUUCACUGCACUCUUCUCUUGUGUCGGAGGGGAAAAACAAUCAGGAUAUGCUAUUGUCCCUGCUCU